AUGACUAUCUCGUAUACACUUGAUGUUUCACAGACUAAUCUUCAAAGUUUUGUUAAAUUACUAUUCCGUUGGAGAGGAAGUGUUUGGAAGGCUGUCUGUCUCCAAUUAUUCUUUUGGACCGUCGUAUUUCUGUUAAUUUCAUGUAUUUAUCGAUAUUUUUUGAAAGAAGAUCAUCAGAUAGUUUUCUCCAAUCUUAUCAUUUAUCUUGAUUCAAAAUUGGAUUCGAAUAUUCCACUGACGUUUAUGCUCGGAUUCUUUGUAACUUUCGUUGUCGGACGAUGGGGAAGCAUACUGAAUGGAAUUGGAUGGAUUGACGAUGCUUCCAUCCUGUUCGGUUGCUAUAUUCGUGGACGUGACGAGGAGACAAGAAUUCAACGUCGAAAUCUUGUCAGAUAUAUGGUUCUUACUCAGGCACUCGUGUUACGCGAUAUAUCCAUGCAGGUUCGUAAAAGAUUUCCUACAAUGGAUACAGUAGCUGCUGCUGGUCUGAUGACAGAAGAAGAAAUGGAUAUCUUGGAUGAAAUCAAAGACCCAUAUAGCAGAUAUUGGGCACCAAUUCAAUGGAGUAUCACACUUGUUUAUGAAUGUAAACAAGCUGGCAAAAUUGAAAGUUUUUAUUUGAUGGAUAAGAUUGUUGAUGAAAUCGGCAAAUUCCGACAUGGAUUAGCUUCAUUGUUAAAGUAUGAUUGGGUUCCCGUUCCAUUAGUUUAUCCACAGGUCAUAUUCUUAGCUGUUCGCUUUUAUUUUCUUAUUUGUUUAAUUGGAAGACAGUUUGUCAUAAUAGGAGAUAAGAAAAGCGGGGUAGUAGUUGAUAUCGAUCUAUGGCUUCCAGUAACCACUAUGGUUCAAUUUAUAGUUUAUAUGGGAUGGAUGAAGGUUGCUGAAGCAUUGCUUAAUCCAUUGGGAGAAGAUGAUGAUGAUCUGGAGUGUAACUAUGUGAUAGACAAGAAUUUAGUUACAGGCUUCCAUAUAGUCGACACUUUGUGGACCGGGCUGAAUGAGACUGGAUACUCAAUGGUGGAAGAGCACAUGGUUCGAAUGCCAACUCAACAUAAAGACGAGUUUUUUGGUAUCGAUAAGAUUGCUCCUCUAUACUCGAUUGAAAGUGCCGAAAGAUCAGUUCAUCCUCUAGUUGGUAGUGCCAGUAAGAUAAAUCUGGUAAAAGAUCGCAGAGAGAUAGUUAUGACUCCCCACAAAAACAAGCUGAGUGAACUGAGCGUGGAAGAGCAGAAAUCAAUGCUACGACGUGUAUGUGUAAGAGAUCAUAAUGCUAAGCAUGAACGUCAACGCACAUUAGAGAGAGCGAAUAGUCCGGAUAAGUGCCUGAAUAGAAUACGGAGCAGAUCAAAAUCAGAUCUUCAAUUUAUUCAAUUUUAUGAGAAUGGAAGAUUCCGAACUAUACCUACUAAUGGAAUUCCAACACGCAAUGGAAGAUCGGCUGAAGAGCCAUGGCAUCGAUCAGGUUUGAACUAUCAACUUAAGAAUGUUUUAGAAGAAAACAAAUUUUAA